UGGCGGGGGAGCCAAAGACAAAACAUCUCCAAGGCGGCCAGAAGGAAACUCCAUAGGCAGAUGUGGGGGAGCCGUCCUGGUGGAGGGAACAGCAAGAGCAGGGGCAGCUGAAGAUGGCGUGCGAGGCAGAGCACCGUCCCCUGGGUGUGUUUGAGUGCCAGCUCUGUGCCUUGACAGCUCCAUACAGCUAUGUGGGGCAGAAGCCCCCCGACACCCAGUCUGUCAUCCUCCUGGAGGAGAGCUAUGUCAUGAAGGACCCCUUCACCCCGGACAAGGACAGGUUCCUCAUCCUGGGCUCCAGGUGCAGUGUCUGCGGCCGGCUGGUGUGUGUGGGCCCGGAAUGCAGUCUGUUCUACUCCAAGAGGUUCUGCCUCCCUUGUGUCCAGAAGAAUCUCCAGGCCUUCCCCCAGGAGAUCCGGCAGGACCUGGAGAAAAGGAAAGGCCCCACGAAGAGGCCGGCGUCAGAGGCCCGGGUCGGGUGCUGAGCUGGGAGCCACCGUGUGGCCUUGUUCUGGAGCCACGCAGAGGAGGCACCUGGAACCCCGCCCCGACUCCAGAGCUCGCUCAGUGCUGAGCGCAGGCCAGAGCCAAGGGGCGCCCAGGCUCUCAAGGGGCUGGGGCCCACCCUCUGCAGGUCCUCCCGCCGUGUCCUGCUCCACGUGGCUGGGCUGGAGGGCCCUGCGUCCUUCCCACGAGGGGUCAGAUCCAGGGGUUGUCUCCACGGGCCACGCUGCUCUGCUGGGCCCUGAACACAGCCGCGCGGGGCAAAGGCCGCUGCCGUGGAGCUGUCCCCGUGUGCGGACCUCUGGCCCCCGCAGUGUAUUGGGGGAGCGUGUGCUCCCUCUGGCUCUGGUUCCAGCCCCAGGCCCCCGGCUCCCUUCCCUCACGCCCUCGCCUCGGAGCCUUCUGUUGCUUGCCUGCCCUCUCCCCAGCGAACUCAGCCUCGGGCCUGCGGAGGCCAACCCCACAGCCUCAGCAUUGCGCAUGGGAGCUCGCCUCCUGUCUGCUGGUUCCUGGCGGCAGGCGCUGCCCUGUGUCAUCUUACAGUUGCUGCGCGGCCACCGUCCCCGCCCCGAGUGAGAAAUGUGAAUAAAGAGGCGUUUCCAUCGAUCCGUGUGCCGGGUUUAUUCUCAGAUGCCCACGCCUUAAAAAGCUUUCCCUGCUUCAUGUCAUUUUACACAAAUGGACGCCCUGUUCGGGGCCACGCUGUCCGGGGCGCAUCCUGUGCGAGUGGCACGCGGUGGGGGGGACGUGCCGGCGGAGGGCAGACCCACUGCCAGGGGUUUGGUUUCAAACCCAGCACUGUGUCCCACAGCAUCACUCAAACGCAACACAUAAUUUUUAAAAAUAGUUUAUUUUUUAAACCAUUAAGGCAAAUGGUACCCUGAAAUUAACUCUUUACAUUCAUCAGUCUUACAGUAGGACAUUCCAAUUAUGUAAGUUACCACAGAGUCAGGAUAUAAAUCAAUAUACAUGACCAGUUCAGUUUCCUAAUGGGAAAGUGAAUAAGACCCAAGAUUUUGAAAAAUUAGUUAUUUUAUAGCCGUUUCCUAAUUGCCUGGCACCACGAUCAGGGGACGCGAUGAGCAGGAUGCCCUGUGCCCUUUGCUGCUCCCUGCACCCUGCUGCCCGAGGCCCUGGACCCACCCAGACCAGAGAGCGAGCGCCUGGGGUGGACGUGGUGCCCGCUGGGAGGGUCUGUGUGGGAGCGUCUCCGUGCAGCACAGAAACCAGGGUCCAGCAGCCCCCAAAGGCUUAGAGUACCAGGCACCCAGGAACGGUAGCGACAGUCCGCGCCAGGGGACGGAGCUCAGGCCUGUGGAGAUCUGCGUGUCCUGAACUUGGACCCGGGCCCCGGGAGGGACAGGUGCACCCCCAGGGGGAACUUUGCCAAGAUCUGGGAACAACGGGGGGGUGGGGGGGGGAUGGACUCCUGGCCCGCGGUUCCUGCCUUCUGCUUCGGGUUGGGCCACCUGAGGCUGCCAGGCAACCAGCCGGUGCCCAUGUUCCACCAGGACACGGGAGAGGGCACAGUUCUUUGGUAAAAACCCACAGCCCGAGUUCCCUGCAGAGGCCCACCCUGGCGAGACCCUGCUGUGCAGUGGGUGGCGUCUCGCCCGGGCCUAGGGCGGCAGCGCUGUGCUUGCAGGUGCCGAGCGGCAGGGGGACAGACUCACGCGACAUAAACUCUGUGGCUCCGGGCGUGUGUGCCUGCGGGUCUGCCUCGGUCCUGACGCUUCAGCUCCGCCCCCCAGCCAGGCUAGGGAGAGGAUACGUCCGUUAACACUGAUUCCAAAAAA